AUGCGCCAUGUCUCACGCCUAACUUGUCAGCCACAAUGUCCUUCGCCGAGCUUUCCUCCCAAGCCCUCAAACCUCAACCUUUCAAAGCCCAAGUCUCCGACGAGGACCUUUCCGACUUCCAGCAACUCCUCAGACACUCCAAAAUUGGACCCAAAACCUACGAGAACCAAACCGCCGACGUACUUCAUCCACUUUGGCAUCUCUCGCCAAUGGCUUAGCGACGCCCAACAAGAAUGGGCAUCCUCCUACGAUUGGCGGAAGACCGAAGCGCGGAUCAACAGCCACCCCAACUUCACCGUUCCGAUCGUGGACAAGAAUGAGGACGGUCACGGAACCGGCUUUGUGUUCGACAUCCACUUCAUCGCCUUGUUCUCCAACAAAAUCGGAUGCCGCUCCUCUCCUCCUUCUCCACGACUGGCCGGGCAGCUUUCUGGAAUUUCUCGGCGCGCUGGACGUCCUGAAAUCGAGGUACACACACCCGAAACCCUUCCCUUUCACGUCAUUGUGCCCUCUCUCCCGGGCUACGGAUACUCUUCUGGCCCGCCUCUCGAUCGAGACUUCACCACCGAAGGCAUGGCUCUUCUAAUGAACAAACUGAUGGUCGGCCUGGGUUUCGGGAACGGCUACGUUUCUCAAGGAGGCGACAUCGGAUCAUUCAUCUCCCGCGCACAGGGCGAAUUGGAAGGACUGACGGACAAGGAGAAGAAGGGCAUGGAGAGGUAUGGCAAUUUCGACACGCUGGGAAAUGCUUAUGCGAGGGAACAUGGCACUCGACCGUCGACGAUCGGACUGGUAUUGUCCGCGUCGCCAAUCUCCUUGUUGGCCUGGGUAGGCGAGAAAUUCCUCCCAUGGUCCGACACCUCCCCGUCCACCACCGAGAUCCUCGACUCCGUGACUCUCUACUGGUUUACCCAGUCCUUCCCGCGAGCCAUCUACCCCUACCGUCAAUUCUUUGGCGCGAACCCGACACUCUUCCACAACGAUCUACAGUACUACAUCCAAAAGCCGCUAGGCUACCCUUGCCACCCGCAGGAAUUGGCGCCUGUACCGAGGAAAUGGGUCGCGGAAACGGGGAACUUGGUGUGGUAUCGGGAACAUGAGAGUGGAGGACAUUUUGCUGCAAUGGAGAAGCCGGAAACGUUUGUCAAGGAUAUCGAGGAGUUUGUGAAGGAGGUGUGGCCCGAGGCGAGGAAGAGGGAUUGCAAUUGA